UAUAUACCAAACUGCUGCCUUUGAAUACAGAAAACCACGUAUAUUCCCAUUCUUCAUUUUCAACGACACUCCUUAAACCCUUCCUCUUCUCUACUUCUCCUAAGCUCCAACGUGAUCUUCAACUGGUUUUAAAAGAUGGCUGACUCAGAAGAUAUUCAACCCCUUGUCUGUGAUAACGGAACAGGAAUGGUUAAGGCUGGAUUUGCUGGUGAUGAUGCUCCAAGGGCUGUUUUUCCUAGUAUUGUUGGUCGACCUCGACACACUGGUGUUAUGGUCGGGAUGGGUCAAAAGGAUGCAUAUGUUGGUGAUGAAGCUCAGUCAAAAAGAGGUAUUCUCACCUUAAAGUAUCCCAUUGAGCAUGGAAUAGUAAGCAACUGGGACGAUAUGGAGAAGAUUUGGCAUCAUACAUUUUACAAUGAGUUGCGUGUUUCUCCUGAAGAGCAUCCCGUGCUACUUACUGAAGCACCCUUGAACCCCAAGGCCAAUAGAGAAAAGAUGACACAGAUCAUGUUUGAGACUUUCAAUGUGCCUGCCAUGUAUGUUGCUAUUCAAGCUGUGUUGUCCCUAUACGCCAGUGGCCGUACAACAGGUAUUGUACUGGAUUCUGGUGAUGGUGUCUCACAUACAGUACCAAUCUAUGAAGGUUACGCCCUUCCUCAUGCAAUUCUUCGAUUGGAUCUAGCUGGUCGUGACCUUACUGAUUGUUUGAUGAAAAUCUUGACCGAAAGAGGUUAUUCAUUCACCACUAGCGCUGAACGGGAAAUUGUCCGCGAUGUUAAAGAGAAACUAGCAUAUGUUGCACUUGACUAUGAGCAAGAAUUGGAGACUGCAAAGAGUAGCUCUUCUGUUGAAAAAAGCUAUGAGUUACCAGAUGGGCAGGUGAUUACCAUUGGCUCAGAGAGGUUCAGAUGUCCAGAAGUUUUAUUCCAGCCAUCACUUGUUGGAAUGGAAGCUGCUGGAAUCCACGAAACGACUUACAAUUCCAUCAUGAAGUGCGAUGUAGAUAUCAGAAAGGAUCUUUAUGGAAACGUCGUCCUCAGUGGUGGAACAACAAUGUUUCCUGGUAUUGCAGAUCGCAUGAGCAAGGAGAUUACUGCUCUUGCUCCCAGCAGCAUGAAGAUCAAGGUGGUGGCGCCUCCUGAACGCAAGUACAGUGUCUGGAUUGGAGGAUCUAUCUUAGCUUCUCUCAGCACCUUCCAACAGAUGUGGAUAACAAAAGGUGAAUAUGAUGAAUCUGGUCCUUCCAUUGUUCACCGGAAAUGCUUCUAAGUUGAUAGAGGGAGGAGCUCAUCUGCUCAUUAUCUGCUUCAACAGUUUGGUUGGAGUUCUGGUCAGGCUUUGUUAAAGUUGAAUGUUUUGAGUUCAUAAAGAUGAAGAUUAAGUAAUGUAUAAUAGGGUGUAAGCUUUUAAACUGUACCCUGGUUUUCUUAAUGUCAUUUGAGUCUUAGUGUUACUAUUGUUUUUGAUGUUAGAGGUUAUCUUUUUACACUCCGCUUUUAAUCUUCAUGUUAUUCUGGAUUUUGAUUCCUGUGUAUAUUCUUAUACUGAGUAAUGUCAAUUCAUGGCUGGCUUUGAAAUCUUUGGUA